GACAACAGGUUCAUCAAGUAGUCCGCGCCAAAAACGCCUCAAGCAAAGUCAUCAUAGGAGGAGCACCCGUCAGGAGAGACACCUAUCGGAUGGUGGCUCAAGCACAGAAGAGGAGUCUUCUCUAGAAACUGAUGAGGGUGCGUCGGGCGCUACAACCGUGGUGAAGAAGACAUACAUCACGUACAACGUUAACAUUAGCAACAGCAGCUUGCAAAAUGCCCAGAUUGGGAGUAAGAACUCCAUGUGCAUAUAUAAGCUCCCCAGUGGUGACGGACUCGAUGAAGCAGCUCCAGAAGCAGACCUCUUCAGCCCUAAACGUGAAGGAAGAGGCACAAGACGUUCUUCCUUCCCGCCUGCUCUCCGACAUCUCCAGGCACAACUCCAGGUCCGCCCGUCCCUCUCCAAAGUCGUCGAAGUCUUGGCGUGCUGUUCUCCGGACGUGGAGCUUCCACGUAGCUUCAUCGAACAACUCUUAUUCCAGGCUAGAAAAUGGGGGAGGGAUAGUAAGGGGAAUAUCAGGGAUAUGUAUAACACACUGUUAGAGGUAGUAGAGCCUCUGGUGAAGGUGGAGAAAAAUCGGGUAUACUUGACCACAAAGGUAAGGGAUAUCUGGGAGCACCUUUCACCUACAGAGAAACAGAAGUCUCUCAUGCACAUGGCGCAAUGUGUCGGUAAUGUGUACGAUACCAUAGAUGACGAUAGUUGGCAGAAAGGCAAGGAGCUUCUUCCACACGUUAAGACGUUUUACGACUAUCUCAAGUCUCUGGAUAAGGAGGAUCUGCUUGACUUUGACCUUGCGCUGCACAUUGCGUACUGUUUUUGCCGCAUGGGCCAGGUUUCGGUGGCUUUCCGUCUGACUCAAACUUGCACUAAGUACGACAUAGAUGUCUCGGUAUUGACACCCGAUGACGUAGCUUUAGCUAAAGUGUACAGGGCUAUCGGCGACUUUGAAAGAAAGAAGGGUAACCUCCAAAACGCUCGCACGGCGUUCUCUCUGGCAAAGAAAAUCCUAACCCACGUGAACAAACAGAGACAAGUGUGUAACGAAGACUGUGUGUCGUACCUGGGAGUAUUACUGAGUGAGUCGAGAGCAUGUCUGGACCAGGGCAAGUUUGACCGAGCGCGAGAGUUACUCGAACUCUGUGAAAAAGCGCCAGCUUUCGAUCGUAUGACGAAGUACAGGCAGAUGAGGUACUAUUCCUUCAUGGGCAGGUACUAUGAAGAAACAGGCCAGUAUAAAAGUGCACUAGACUGCUAUCAAAGGGCGCGUAGUAUGACAUCCCCUAUUAGCUACCGCUAUCCUGUUAAUGUGAUAAACGAGCAGAGAAUGGCAGCUGCUUGUGCAAUGGGCGUAGCACAGAUUACAAACGCUAUCGAAGAAUGUGAGAAAAUGAAACCACUGCUUCUUAAAGAUUUUGGCGAGGAGCAUCCCCACUUGGGUCUGUGUUACAAGUCGUUGGCAGAGAUGUACCUUGCUCUGCAACAGACUGAACAAACGUUAGAGCUUCUUUAUGCCUCGUUUGCUAUACUGUUUCCGAAGUAUGGAAGGAAACAUAAGAAGAUUGCAAACCUGUUCAUGUUGUUGGGUAACACUGCAGAGUGUGUGGGUGGGUAUAAGGGUGACGACGCAGCAUACAAAGCCUUCAAAGUCGCACAAAAACUCUAUGGCACUGGUCAUCCUAAUUUUGCUGUUCUUGGUGAUCGGAUUGAGACAAUACUGGAGAAUGUGUCUCCCAAUGCAGCUAACUUCUUAUUCUCGGUGACAGAAGUUGCCGAGGUGUUUGAAAACGUGUGGAGGGAAAGCAAGUUAGCUUCGGUUUGAUCUAGUUGAUUGAAAAAUCUCGGUUGUCGGGGCAUUGGGUGUCGAGGGAUGGUUGCCAGGGCGUGGCAGGGCCAGUACUCGAUGGUUGUCAGGGCGUGGCAGGGCCCGUACUCGAUGGUUGUCAGGGCGUGUACAUGUCAGAGCCAGUGGUUGUCGGGCGUCGCAGUACAUAGUGAUAGUUACAUAACCUAUUACUGGUAUAGUGACAAUUAGAUAGAUACGCGUAUUAUUUAACUGGUACGAUGGCAUAAUAAGAAUUUUGUAGUAUCUUUUUAUUGUGUAAACUAGUUGACCGAAGAUAUGCACGUAUGCUUUAUCAAAAUUCAUGAAUGUCUCCUGUAAUAUUCACAUGGAAGGUGUUUGUCGAUACAGCCGAUGACAUAACUGUCUUCAAUGUUUAAACAGCCCUUAUAUCAUAAUUACUGACGGACCUUCACCAACACGGGACGCCAAUAUUACGUUUAUCCCUUCCUGAAGACGCUCUUCCCAGGAUUUGCGCCAUGGCUUCCCAGCUUCCAACUAAAUGUAACCAUGAGCUAAACUGACAGGCUGUUACCAGUUAAUAUACAGGGAUAUUGCUUUACCUCUGGGUGCUAUGGUAUAUUAUAUAUGUGUAUUAGAUAUUA